AUGAACGUUGAAAAGCAGGUCGUAAACGCUCAGGUGAAAACUGGGAUUGGUGGGAUGGUUAUUUCACCUCAUGCUCCUCACGCGCACUGGACCAAUGGACACAUGGUCUUGAGCGGGCCGCAGCGGUCAGGGCCCGCCCCUACAUGGCAAAAGACCCCAUAUUUUCGGGUCUUCCACGCCCGGGUCGGGAAACCCCUGCAUCUUGGAACGUAUGACGUCGGACCACUAUGGUUCGUUCGUCUGGGCUGCUUGGAGCUGCAGGUCGUCAUAUGCCUCCAGUUUAUCUCGACGACUCGCAUGGUAAUGUCUCCAGACUCCGAAAGACGCAACAACGCACAAAGCGGGAAGAAAAUUCCCUCCGUUUUCCCAACAGGGGCGAAAACCCGUCUACGAGAACUCUUCAUCGAGCUUUACAAGGCAAUUAUCGACUUCCAAGCCCAGAGCGUAUUGCGGUUUUUCAGGAGUCGAUUCAGCACCUUCGUGAGAGAUAUUGCGAAAUGGGACUCUUGGGAGGAAAUGAUCCAAAAAUUCAAAGGGUUAGUGCGCGAUGUCGACGAAAGGUCCCAGGAAAUGAAUUCUAACGCAACCAAGGCAGCACUAGACGAGCUCGUCCAAAUAACGAGGGAGUCAGAAGAAGACAAGUGUUUGCAAGCUUUGAGACGAGGAGACUAUGUUUGGUACAAAGAGCGCGUCCAAAACCGCGUAUCAGAUACGUGUUCUUGGUUCCUCAACCAUGAGAGCUAUCAAUCAUGGGACCCUGACCAGAACACGAUUGAGCUGGCUCUGUGUGCCUUAGUCCACCAAUUGCUUUGCCUGCGCCCUCAGCUAAUGCGGCAUGCCCUGGCAAGAUACAAGCAGGACGGAGCAAAGCUUGCCGACAAUGUCACUGCUCUCUGGAAUAUUCUUGAGAGUGCUAGCGCAGAUCCAGAGGCCGGAACUGUUCUGAUUGUUCUUGACGGUCUGGACGAAUGCCGUCAAGAUGAGCGCAACAUGGAAACCUUGUCACGAUUUAUCCACGAACAUUUCCAAAAAGGCAGACCAAAAAGCUUGAAAAUCCUUUUGACCAGUCGGCCCUACCAAGGAACGAUUCACGACAUUCAAAAACUCGAAGAUUCCUUUCCCAACAUCCGAAUUAAGGGCGAGGAUGAUCCGGAAACGAUUAGCGAGGAGAUUAAUGCAGUUAUCGAACAUCAUGUUGGUCAUCUCAAGUUGGAUACAACCCUCAAAAAACACCUAGAAGAACGCCUCAAAGGGACAAAGCAUCGUACAUAUCUCUGGUUGUAUCUCGUUUUGGACCGCCUAAAAAGCACCCCUUUUAAGCAGACCUCAGGAGGGAUUGACUUUGUUAUUCAAGCUUUACCCGCCACGGUGAAUGAGGCGUACGAAAAGAUUUUGAGCCGAUCCAAAAAUCGAACAAAAGCCAGGAAAGCUGUUCUCAUCCUCCUCGCUGCAUACCGCCCGCUUACCCUUCGCGAAAUGCAAAUUGCAGUCGAUUUGAAUAUAGAUACACAAGGAGAUCUCGAUAUGGAAUCCGACGAAAACUUCAAAGAAAGUCUUCGAGAGUGGUGUGGGUUAUUUAUUGCGGUGCACGACAAAAGGGUCUACUUUCUCCAUCAGACGGCGAGGGAAUUUCUCCUCCCUAUCGCAGUUUGCCUGUCGGGUCCUCCUAUUACCAGAACAUGGGCGCAUAUGUUGGAUAUCUACCAAGCACAUGCGGUUCUUGCGGAGUCCUCGUCGUAUUUUGGGCAUAAAGGGGUGGUUCGGGUGCUGCUGGAUACAGGCAAGGUCGACGUCGAUGCGAAGGAUGGAGAUGGCCUAACGCCGCUGUCAUGGGCUGCGGCAGGAGGGCACAAAACCGUGGUUCGGAGGCCGCAUGAAUUUAUUCAUAACAGAGUGAGGCUCUCUAGAUUCUUCGAGCCCGCCGAGAUUGAUGGUCUGGAUAAUGAGUCUGGACGUGUCCUUCACGUGGAAAGAAACAGCCGUAUCUGGGAUCCAGGGCUGGCUGCUGGCCGGUUCACUGCAUUAAAAAAGCGCUUUGCAACCUACCAUCCUACGCCUAACCCGCGACUGUCCCUUCUCAAAUACCUUCGAACCUUUGAACGCAAUAACACGAGGGGGAACGACGAAGAGGAUAUUGUUAAUCUUACCAAAUCAGUGGACGAUGGGGGCCCUGCUCGAUUCGCCGAGUGGUAAACGAAGAUAUUAUCGCCCUUUUUCAUAUACGACCAGACGUCGAACCCGUUGCAUUCAAG